AUGUCGGAUGUCAUUGCACAUGGAGCCAACGCUGCAGCGUUGGCGGCGGCGACCCCGGAUCGAAAGCAGGAACAGGCUUUGUCAGGGUUUGGGAACGCCUGUUCGUGUGAGACGGUGGCUCCACUCUCGACCACUACCAUAACCAAUACGAUAUUCCCGGACCAGACCAUCACCACUACUGAGUCUGUCGCUCCCGGCUCCAACCAAACCGCAGUUCGGAUUGAGUCUGCUGAGUCUGGAGCUCUACCUUCUGGCGCAGCUGCUUCGAACGGUGCAGGCACGGUAGCAGUGCCUGCGAUCAUCACAAGUCCAGCAUCUAUCAGCGUGGUCGCCAGUGGUUCGAUCCUGCCUGUAGCUCCUCCUUCAGCUUCAGGUGGCACCUCAGCGCCUGUUGUGGUUGGUAUUCCUUUCGAAUGCCCGACAAGUGGUACCAAUACGGACGAGGCCAACGGGCUCAGCCCCCAGUUCAUUAUUGGCGACUUGCGUUACGAAUACUCCGUCUUGUGCGAUACCGCUGUAACAGGUUCCAAUACUCUAGCUGGCAUUCAGAAUGUUGCCAACCAGACAGCUUGCGCCGCUCAUUGUUCGCUCGUGAACAGUCGCUCGCAGAGGCAACUUUGUCAAUCAGCCUCUUUCGUGCCCAAUUCUGGUGCAUCUGACGGGCAAUGUUUCCUGCAUGGAUCAGCUCAAAACUUUGCGCGUUCACCUGGAAGUGUUACUAUCCUUUUGACGCAGGUAUCUUCCAAGUCCGACAACUGCAAGUCCGUCGACCUGGUCAAUGGUCCGAGCAAUACCACCGUAGAUACCGCACAGCUCGUAGGCGACGUUCUCACAGAGGGCUUCUCGUUAUCGACUCCAGGCCUAAUUACUCGAUCGGCGACAGGCGGCGUCUUCAAAACCUUCUGGUCCAGUGGCUACACGGACUCAGUCGGAGCCUAUCACUACAGUUGGUUCGAGGUCUACGCUUCGUCCAGCGCUUGGUGGGCAGCCUACGCCACGUCUUGGACAUGCACUGUCAAGAACACACCUAGGACUGUUGUUAUAGCGCAGCCGGUGCCGAACUUGACCUCGGUCUUUAUCGACGUCACUACUAUCGUUGAGAACGGCACCACCACAAUCAUCUCUGGUACGUCGACCUUCAGCCGCACUGGUGGCGAGGGAGUCAUAUUCCCAACAUCAGUUGCAGCGCUGGGCACUGGUGGCAACGGAAUUUUCACAAUAGCUGGCGCUACCGAAACAUCGAAUGCCACGGCAGGUGCAGGUGUGAGUGAGAUUCCAGCACCGACUUCGGCACCCGGUGUCGCCAAUGAGACGGCAAUUAUCCCUGCAGGAACCGGGUCGCAAGGCGCCGCUACAAUUAUCGUGUCCGGUAGUGCCGCUACAUUUAGCUCCGUCGAAGGUGGUGGCAUCAUUUCCGGAAGCCCAGUUCCUCAACCAAAUUCGACCGCUGGUCUCUCUGCGGGAAGUGCUGCCUUCAUUGCCUCGGGAGCCGCUUCCAUUGCUAAUGCUACGGCCGGAAGCGGUGACCAACCCGGCGUCGCCCAAUCGUCAGGUGGCCUUGCCUUCAGCAUUGCUGGUGCCAUUUCCACGGAAAUCAGCACCGGAGGGUUCGGCGUCAUUUUUCCUUCACCAAGCAAUGGAAACGCCAUAGGCACUGGCUCGAUUGCUGUACCCAGCUCUAAUGCUUCUGCUGAGGGAGUGCAGAGCCCAGCACGCACCUCCACCUCUGCGUUUGUCCUCCCUCCUCAGCACGGGUAUGAUUACACGCCGCCUAGCUCCGCAGUAGCAAGUCUGCCAUCUAGUUCGGCUGCCGUUUCGGGAUCUUCCGGAGGCGGACAAUUUUCUGAGUUUGGAGAAACGGCCACCUUGAACAUUGCCGGUUUUGAAACAGUCAUACCACCACCUCCGAUUGGAACCGGAACCAGCUCUGGUGCACCUAUCAACACAUUGAACGGCACUGUUGUCAUCGGAGCACCAACCGCCGGUAGCGUCGAGGUCACGUUGGUAGGAAGCACAGCAGUGAUUUUGUCCACAGGUGGUGCUGGUUCCUUGGGCCCUAUCCCCGUCACCGUCAACGGCACUGAGCUUCCGCCGUCGUUGGCGCCAAGCGGCUCUCUUCCUACUGGCACUGCCCCCACAAAUGAUUUCUCGAAUGCGGACAGUCCACGUCGUGGCUCCAUAUCGAGACCGACUGCGCCUGCUAAUUCUACAGCCUUCCUUCCUACGGGCACUGCCCCUGCAAGCGAGGCGCCCAUUUUCAACGCCACCGUAUCAGUCUCUGAGGGUGUGGCUGUCCUUUCCGUGUCCGGGGCCGCAUCAGUGCUCCUCUCUACUGGGGCAUCGAACGUCAUCCCACCAGUGUCUGCCAACAUCUCUAUUCCUACGCCAACAGAAUUCGUGUCGGAGACGGCCUCUGGUUUCGCUCCUUCGCCGAGCUCUAACAGCACCGCCGCGGAAGAAGGUGAAGAGGGCGGAGGACCUUUUGGUAUCCUCCAAUUCUCUGAAGAGGCUACUGAAGGGCCUUCUGAGUCGGGUGAGGUCGUACCCACGGGUGCUAUACCACUGCCAUCGAGCAACGUAACAUUACCUGCGUCGGUCAGCGCAACCCCUAGCCCAAGCUCGAAUGGCUCUCUUCCUGUUGGAACGGCGGUCUUCAUUACUUCCGGCGGGGUUAGCCUUUCUUCUGUGGCCUCCGGCGGUGGUGUCGUACUGCCUUCCUUGAACUUCUCCGUCGCUGUUAUACCGUCGUCGAGCGCAAACGUGUCCGUCAUCCCUCUGGGAACCGCGCCCGCCUCCGGAGCUCAGAACAUCCUGACUUCUGGAGCCACAGCCAUCAUCUUGUCAACGGGUACUGGUGGUGUGGUGUUGCCGAUGCCGACAAACCAAACGGCAAGCGCACCAGCGAGCCAGCCUGCGAGCCCUAGCACAACGAAUAUCGAGGAUGAGUUUAACAACUCAUUUGGGGAUCGAACUGGCGGGCUGAGGCGCAGCAGCACACGCGGCACAGCCUCUCUGGGCACUGCUCCGUUGGUGACCGCGCCUAUUGUGACAGGCAGUUCAGCUCCCGCUUCCAACUCCACUAUGCCGCCGCCACCACCACCAUACAUUCCAAAUGGCGGGUACGGAGUGGAGUCAGUUGAGGUGGUCAGUGUUGCGCAGCCUUCCGUCACCAUGGCUCCAGUCUCUGCAAACUCGAGCGCAGUGUUCCCAACUGCGAGCGGAAGCGCCGAACAACCUGCCGUAGUCAUCCCUGCGCUCACCGCAAACUUGACUCUGCUUCUCCCUAUGGCUAGCGGAAGUACUGAACAGCCUUCCGUAGUCAUUCCGCCGCUCUCUGUAAACCUGACCGUGGCUCUCCCUACGGCCAGCGGAAGCGUUGAACAGCCUUCCGCCGAAUUACCACCUAUUCCUGCAAACCGGACUGCUACGUCAAGCGGCGGCGCUGAACAGGCUUUCAUUUUCACUGAACAGCCUUCUGUAACGCUUCCGCCGCUGUCUGCUAAUUCGAGUGCGGUCUUCCCUACGGCAAGUGGUAGCACUGGACCGGAAUUCUCAAACUCGGGUGAUGAUCGAUUGGGACGCCCAAGAUCCCGGACAACAACAGGACCAAGCGAACAGCCGCUCGCCACAGGCAAUCUGACACUGUCCGGCACUGCGCCAAUACCGACAGCCAAUGCAUCGUUGCUAGGAACUGCUCCCUUGUCGGCUGUCCCUGUUCCUCUGACCACGGGUGUAGGUCUGAACAGCACACAACUGCCUGGUGCCACAGGGUCUUCUGUUGUCCCCGUCCAAUCAGCAAACAGUCCAUUCGGAUCUUUAGCUGUACCGGUGGUUUCCGCAAACUUCUCACUCCUGGCGACCGGAUCUAGUGCCGUACCCAUCCAGUCCGCUAACUCCACAGCGUUCCUACCAACUGGCACUGCUCCACCUGCCAACUCUACAACCGCACCAGGACCAGAGUUCUCAAACACUGAGAAUCCACGGCGUGGGUCCUUCUCGAGAUCAAGCGCGCCCGCCAAUUCUACAGGUCUCCUUCCCACGGGCACUGCCCCGGCUAUCAACACAGUGGCUUUGAACUCAAGCGCUCCAAUUGGUACCGCUUCAGCGCCAGUCCCCCUCUUCACUGCAGCCUCGGUGUCCAUCGCCGUCAUUUCGGAGAACGUUACCGUCCCGUUGGGCACGGGCGUAGUCAGCGCUUCUCCAUUACCGUCAGCUAACGUUACCGUUCCACUAUCAAUUGGCGUUGCCUUCAAUGAGACGACUCCAUUCGCGACAGGGACUGGUGCGUCGAUUACCCCAUCGGCCUCGUUGAACGGUACGGAAGGUUGCCCCACGCCAACUCCUACAGUCAUCCCUCACACAAUUGUCGUCACCACAGUCUCUUAUGAGACCUUGCUCGUUGGACCGUCGACAUGCGCUCCUACCGCCUCAGCAGGUCUCCUCGAAGCAGGCCUUCUCCAACUCAAUGCUACUCUACCCACGGGCACUGGAACAGCUGCCGUAUCAGCAGCCUCUCCAGUCAUAACCUCGCACCCAUACCGCCGUACAGGCGAGGUCGCCACCCAGGAGCAGAUUGACCAAUCCUGUGCGGACCAUGAUAACAUAGUCAUUAAUCCCGACUUCUCACCCGAGGCCGCGAAUACUGUAUUCGGCUGGACCACCAACGCCGACGACCCGUCUGUCAAUUUCCGCACCCAGAACUCCACCGAUGGUCAAUUUGCACGCGUACUCGCUGCCGCCACGAAUACGGCAUUGACGAUCAGCCAGCCGCUUACUCUCUGCCCUGGAAAAGAAUACAAGUUGAUCAGCACUAACAGGGUUGGCAACCUCAUGUCUAAGUGCCAGGCAGACUACUACAUCGGCGACGACUUCGUGUACCAAGCGAGUCCGCAGGAGACCUUCACAAAGAGGCAAGAGUUCUUCACCGCGGGUAGCUCACCGGCAGACGUCAGCCAGGACCUGAGAGUCGUGGUGAAGUGUAAUGGUGAGGCAGGCAUGACGGCGGGGACUGACGCUGAUGGAUAUAUGAACCUGGACAUUGAUGAUGUGGGUGUCCAGCUGGUAUAA